UAUUUUCUGUUUUAGGAAAAAGAUUGGUAAACAUAAGGAAGAUUAUAGAAGAAGCUUUUUUAGAGGCAGCAUGGCGACAGCCAUCCAUUCUUUUGAUGGAUGAUCUCGAUCACAUUGUUGGAGUGCCUUCUACACCAGAGCAUGAGAACACCCCUGAAACUGUUCAAAGUGACAGACUUGCUUAUGUUUUGAAGGAUCUGAUGAAAGAAGUUAUGUCCAUGGGGAGUUUGAUUGCAUUAAUUGCCACAAGUCAUUCUGAACAUUCCCUUCAUCCUUCCCUGGUUUCCGCUCAAGGGACUCACCUAUUCCAGUGCUUCAAAUAUAUCCAAUCUCCAGAUCAGAAGCAAAGAUGUGAAAUGCUGCAUUCCAUAAUAAAGAAGAAACUGAACUGUGACACAAGGAACUUCUCUGAUCUUGACCUCCAAUGUAUUGCGAAGGAAACAGAAGGUUUUGUUGCUAGAGAUUUUACCAUGCUGGUUGAACGCGCCAUUCACACCUGUGUUUCUAACCAGAAUGCAUUGGAUAAUGGUGAAUUGAACCUGUCAACUGUGGAUUUUCAGAAAACUCUAAAAGAUUUUACUCCAUUAGCUCUGAGAAAUGUUAACCUUCAUAAACCUAAAGACAUCGGCUUGGACAGGAUUGGUGGCCUGAAAGAUGUGAAGCAAAUUCUCAAGGAUACCAUCAUGUUACCUGCAAAGUACCCAGAAUUAUUUGCAAACCUACCCAUACGACAGAGAUCUGGGAUCUUGCUGUAUGGAGCACCUGGAACAGGAAAAACACUGUUAGCAGGAGCAGUUGCUCGAGAGAGUAGAAUGAAUUUCAUCAGCAUCAAGGGACCAGAGCUGCUCAGCAAGUACAUUGGAGCCAGUGAACAAGCAGUUCGAGAUAUCUUUAACAGAGCUCAGGCAGCUCAGCCUUGUAUUGUUUUCUUCGAUGAGUUUGAUUCUAUUGCUCCUCGCCGAGGUCAUGACAACACAGGAGUCACUGACCGAGUGGUUAACCAACUGUUGACUCAGUUGGAUGGUGUGGAAGGCUUAGAAGGGGUUUAUGUGCUAGCUGCUACUAGUCGCCCGGAUUUGAUUGACCCUGCAUUGUUAAGGCCAGGUCGGCUGGAUAAGUGCCUGUACUGUCCACCUCCUGAUCAGAAUUCACGCUAUGAAAUCUUAAAAGCUCUCAGUCAUUCCCUGUCCUUGGCAAAUGAUGUGGACUUUCAGGAUUUGGCAGCAAAAACAGAACAGUUCACAGGGGCUGACCUAAAAGCAUUAUUAUACAAUGCCCAAUUAGAGGCAAUCCACACUAAUUUAAAUUUAGGUGUAACACAGGAUUUUGCAUCUAGUUCUGAUAGUGACUUCAGUCUCUCUUCCAUGGUUUUUCUAAACCACAGCAGUGGCUCAGAAGAUUCAGCAACAGAAGGAGAAGCAGGGCUAGAGCAAUCUCUUAUUUCUUUAGACAUGUCUGACUUGCUUCCUGAAGAUCCAAGGUCCAACAUGUAUCGUAUUUAUUUUGGAAGCUCUUAUGAAUCAGAGCUGGGAAAUGGAACUCCUUCAGAACUGAGCUCUCUGUGUUUGUCUGGACCAAACUCCAUAACCUACGAUUUCAGCAGCGUGACUCAGAGAGACAUGCCAUCCUCACAGCCUUCACUGCUCAGAGCAGCUUCUCAGGAAGGCUCCCUGGAAAACAACCAGGAGCAGCAAGCAGAGCACCUGAGGACAGAAAUCAAUGCUAUCAAAGCCAACUACAGAAGCAAGAAUGGAGAGGACGGCACCCUUAAUCAGUCAGUGCUUGCCAAGGCCACUUUAGUUAUUACCCAGUCCCAUCUGAUGACUGCACUUCAGUGUAUGAGACCAUCCAUUAGUCAGGAUGACUGGAAGAAUUUUACUGAGCUGUAUGAUAAUUUUCAGAAUCCUAAGAAGAGGAAAGGACAAGUUGGCUCAACAUUCAGGCCAGGACAAAAAAUGACUCUAGCUUAGUAACUUGUAUUUGCUUGUAAUUGCUAAAUUGUAACUGGAAAUUACAAAUGUGAUUAAAUCAGAUUAUUUAUAUUCAUAUGGAUUUAUUAAUGUAGCAGUUGAAGAUCAAGUUUCUUUUACACUUACAUGCUGUAAAAUUAUGUCACAUUUUAUUUUGAAGAAAAUUGUCUUCCUCCAGAUUGAUAUUAAAUUUUUUGAGAGAA